AAGGAAGACUGAAAGGGAGAAAAACUGUCUGCUGGAGACCAAUAACACGCUCAAAAGAUCAGAAAUGGGAUGGAGCUGUUCGGCAAGUGCUGGUGUUUUGAUUGACAGCUGGAAGCAGGCCACAAGUGAAGUGUUUACAGAAAAGCGUUGAAAGAAAGAGUCAGGUGUCCUCACCAUCAUGAAGUUGAAUGAGAGGAGUGUGGCGCAUUAUGCCACAUGCAACUCUCCUCCAGACAAGACGGGCUUCCUCUUUAAGAAAGGGGAACGGAACACAGCGUACCACCGCCGCUGGUUUAUUCUGAAGGGCAACAUGCUGUUCUACUUCGAGGAGAGGGAAAGCCGAGAGCCGAUUGGCGUCAUCGUCCUUGAAGGCUGUACGGUGGAGCUCUGCGAGUCUGAAUCCGAAGAGUUUGCCUUCGCCAUUAAAUUCGACUGCGUCAAAGCGAAGGUCUACAAGAUGGCCGCAGAGAACCAGGCCGCUAUGGAAUCGUGGGUCAAAGCUCUGUCCCGGGCGAGCUUCAACUACAUGCGGCUGGUCGUGAAGGAGCUGGAGAGGCAGCUGGAGGAAGUGCAGGAAGAAGCCAGAUCGUCACUCGCGAAAAGCAAGCUGAAGAAGCACCAGCCGCAACUGCAAGGAGCAGCAAGUUUCCAACCCGCAACCUUUUCACUACAGAACGCCACCAUUACAGCGCCUUUGCAGGAAGGGGUGUCUAGCAGGGAAAACGGGGUGUCUUGGAGUAAACUCCCCAGUGUGCCAAACGGUGUCAGCGACCCACAAGUGGACUGUAGUGAGAGAGGAGAUCGAGUCAGACCACCUCCGGUUCCUCCACGAAGGAAGACCAUUGGCGGAUCACUCGAGAGCCCCGUUUCACCCGGCACAGGCUGCUUCUCCAAGCUACAUGACUGGUACGGCAAAGAGGUGGCUGAACUGAGAAUAGAAUGGCUGCAGAGCCAGUGAAUGAACGUGAAGGCUCGAAAUAUACAUCUGCACACAUCACAUGCUUAGUGCAAUCUCAUUUGAAGACAUAAAGGGUCGGAAACAGAGAGAGCAUUAGAAGGACAACUGCUUGUCCACUGUUACUGAUUGAUUUUUUUUCCUUAAACAGGACCAAGCCAUUCUUUAAAGGAACAUUCUGUCGUCAUUUGCUCACCCUCAUGUCAUUCCAAACCUCUCUGAGAAAUACAGAAAGGAAAUAAAAUGGGAAACGACUUUUUAAUUAUAUGUUACGAUAUGACAAAAUAAACAGCAGUUUUUUUUCCCCUACAUUUGUUUACUUAAGCAUUUUAAAGGAAAAUGAAAAUUUCCUGAAAAUGUACAUGGAUUUGGUACUUUAUAUAAACCGAUUUGGAGAAAUGUAGCAUUGCAUCACUUGCUCACCAAUGGAUGCUCUGCAGUGAAUGGGUGCCGUCAGAAUGAGAGUCCACACAUCUGAUAAAA